AUGUCCAACAAUACUUUUAUUGGUAAUAAUCAAAUAAAUAAUGAAAAAUCUCAUAUUGAACGUCGUCAUAGUAGUACCAAACAUCGUAAUGAAAAUGAUGACGACGAAGGUGCUGUAUGGAGUGUUAGUAGUAAUGGAGGUUUGAGUCGAUCAAGUCAUGAUGAUGGAUUUGUAUUUCAAAAUGUUUCCAUUCAUUCUGAUAAUCAAGAAUUUGUAGAAAUUGAUAAAUUUUCUGGUGAAAAAUCAACUAACGAAGAAUAUUUCAAAUUAAUAAAUAAUAAAAAUCAAGAAUAUUUCUAUGAUGGUACUGAAGAAAUCUUAUUAAAUUCUGAUAAUGAACAGAUAAAUAACAAUGAAGAUGAUGAACGUUUAUUUAAUAAUGAUGAUCGAACAUCUUUUACACGUGAACAACUUGUUGAAUAUCAACAAUUAAUAAAAUUACUUCGAUUUGUUAAAAGUGGAGGUCGAUGUACAACAAUUCUUUCAUUAGCUAUAUUACAUGAUUAUAAUUUACAAGAUCAAUGUGCAUUUUUAGCAUUUAAAGAUUCAUUAACAAUUAAUGUUAUGCUUAAUUUUAUUGAAAUGUUCGAUCGUGAUCUUAAAUUAAAUACUUUAUAUGUUCUUGAAAAUGCAUGUCAAAAUUCUUCAUUUGCCUAUGAAAUAUUUCGAUUAGGUGGAAUAAUAACGAUUAUUGAUAGUAUGUGUUUAGAUCAUAUUGGUAUAGAAGAAAGUUGUUCGAUUUUACUUAAAAUACUUUCAUUUCGUCGAGCAAGAAGAGUUAUUAGACGUUUUGGUGGUAUUAGUAAAUUGAUAACUUUAUUAGAUGAAUUAAGUGAAAAUUUUAUUGAAGAUAAUUUAUUUAAAGUAUUUUUAUUAUUAUGUAAAUCAGAGAAGAAUAAAUAUGUUUGUAUUCGAUAUGGAAUUGGAAAAAUUAUAUUAAAAAUUAUUUUAAAUAUUUCAAACAAUUCAGCAAUAACACUUAUUUCAUUACUUGCUAUUCUUCUUCAAAUACCAAUAUUUCGUAUGCAAAUGAUGGAUAAAGAUUUAAUAAUUAGUUUAAUAAAUUUAAUCGAUGUAACAAAUAUUGAAUUAACACGUGUAAUUUGUGAAUCUUUCUAUUAUCUUUCAUUUGAUAUUCAUCAUUUACAAUUUAUCUAUCAAUACGGUUUUAAAAAAUUAAAAGAUAUAUUAGAACAAACCAAUGAUUCAUCUAUAUAUUGUUCAAUAAUAAAUAUUUUAACAGAAUUUAUUCGAACAAAUGAAAAUAUUUCGAAUGAUAUUAUAUUAAAUAUGAUGAAAUUUUUAAAAAAUUCUUCGAAUAAUUCAUUUUAUUUAUUACGGAUUAUUCAAUCUUUAAAUCAAUUAACAAAACUUUCUCAAACAAUAAAAUUAUUUAAACAAGAAAAUAUUUUUCAAGAUUUUAUUUACUAUUUACAAAAUAUAAAUCAUUCAGAUAUACAAUUAAAUAUUUUAUUUAUUUUACAACAAUGUGCAAAAGAUAAAGAAGCAGCGAAUAUGAUUAUUGAUAAUAAUGGUUUACAAGAAUUAUGGACAUUAUUUAAAUUAGCAUUGUUACCAAUUAAAAUAGCUGCUGGAUGGACAAUUAGGAAUUGUCUUGCAUCAAUAGAAAAUCAUGGUGAAUUAAUACGUUCAUUUGAUGGGAUCUUUUAUUUUAUUUUAAAUACAUUAUCAACAGAAAAUAUUCAAUUACUUGAAGUUACUUUAGGAAUUAUUGCUGAAAUUGUUCAAGAUGAAUAUAAUUCAGAAAUAUUUACUGAACUUGGAAUUGUUUCAAAAAUUUCGCAAUUAAAUUCUCUAGAUAAUCCUCAAUUGAGUAAAUCAUUUUGUAAUGUAAUAGCUACUUUAUUAAAUUUACCAAAAAAUCAACAACAAUUUGGUAAUCGACAUGUAAUUAUGGCAUUGAAAAAUUAUUUUAAACAAAAUGAUAACGAACUUUCGAAAUCAUUAACUAAAGCUAUAUAUGAUCUUUCUCUUAUUCCAUCAAAUUGUAUUAUUUUACAUGAUGUUGGUAUAGCAUUAGAUCUACUUAAAUUAAUCGGAGAUGAUGAUCCAUAUGUUCAAGAAAAAUCAGCGAAUGCUUUACGUAAUAUGCGACAAUUAUUGAAUGAUAAUAGACAAAUAGAAAGAAGUUUAAAUAAAAAUAUAAAUCGAGUUCCAAUGCAAAAAAUAGUUAAGAAACGAAGUAAAUGUAUAUUUUAA